CACUGUUUUGUUGACACACCUGCUGUUGAUUGGCAGCUGGUCCACACCUGGGAUUCGGACACAGCGUGAAGGCUGGGCUCCGUCCUCCAGGCUGUGCAUCCCGACCUGUCCAUCUGUCAGUCACGGCGGAUAGUCUUCAUGUUGAGCCUGAUUAAAUAAACGCACGCUUGGUAGAGUGGCCUUGUUUCCGGUUGAAUACCAUGGAAAGACUGUGGUUGUCUUUGCUGUUGCUGACGGCGACAUGCAGAGGACAGCCGUGUCCGAAACGUUGCAUGUGCCAGGGCCUUUCGCCGUCGCUCGCCAUUCUCUGCUCCAAGACGGGCUUGCUAUUUGUUCCUGUUGCCAUAGACCGCCGCACCGUGGAGCUCCGGCUUCAAGAGAACUUCAUCACAGCCGUCCGCAGGAAGGAUUUUGCCAACAUGACCAACCUGUUGCAUCUGACCCUGUCCAGAAACACCAUCAGUCAGAUCCUGCCUUCAGCUUUCAGUGACCUGCGACGACUGCGAUCUCUCCACUUGGACUCUAAUAGAUUAACUGUUAUUAAGGAUGAUCAUUUCAAUGGCCUUACAAACCUUCGCCAUCUAAUUCUGGCCAACAACCAGCUGCACUCCAUAUCUCCUCAUGCGUUUGAUGACUUCCUGUCCACACUGGAGGAUUUGGACCUGAGCUACAAUAACCUCGCCCAAGUUCCCUGGGAGACCAUCGGGCGCCUGACAAAUGUCAACACCUUAAACAUGGACCAUAAUCUCAUCGAAAACGUUCCCCAAGGCGUAUUCACCAACUUACACAAACUGGCCAGGCUGGAUAUGACAUCCAACAAACUGAAAAAAAUCCCCCCUGACCCACUUUUCCUGAGAAUACCAGUUUAUGCAAAAUCCAGAGGCAGUCCUCUGUCCUCGUUGGUGUUGAGUUUCGGCGGGAACCCUCUUCACUGUAACUGUGAACUCCUGUGGUUGCGGAGACUGACCAGAGAGGACGACUUGGAGACGUGUGCGUCGCCCCAAGACCUUAGCGCUAAAUACUUCUGGACCAUACCCGAGGAGGAAUUUAUUUGUGAUCCGCCGGUGUUGACACGCAAGUCCCCCCAGACCGUGGCUAUGGAGGGUCAGCCUUCCAGCCUCAAAUGUAAAGCAAACGGAGAUCCAGAACCGGAAGUACAUUGGAUCAGUCCUGAGGGUCGACUUAUAUCCAAUAGCACAAGAACUUUGGUUUUCCCCAACGGAAGCCUGGAGAUCAACGUCACCUCCCUGAAGGACGCCGGCAACUUCACCUGCAUCGCCUCCAACGCCGCGGGGGAGUCCACCGGCAGGGUGGAGCUGUCCGUCACGCCCACGCCGCACCUGGCCAACAGCACCAGCCGCAGCCGGGACCCGUCGGACAGCCGGGAGCCGGCGCCUUCCGACAUCCUCACCUCGUCCAAAGCGUCCGCCCCCGGCAACGAGACGCGGGCGGGGGACCGGCGGGUGUCGCUGGUGGAGCUGACGGGGAACUCCGCCCUCAUUAGGUGGAGCAGCCAGGCGCCCGUGUCAGGAGUCAGGAUGUUCCAGGUCCAGUACAACAGCUCGGGGGACGACACGCUGGUCUACAGGAUGAUCCCCUCCAGCACCAACGACUUCCUCGUCCGCGACCUCGCCGCCGGCAGAAGCUACGACCUCUGCGUCCUGGCCGUGUUCGACGACGUCGUCACCUCCCUGACCGCCACGCGUCCCCUGGGCUGCCUGUCCUUCGCCACCGACACGGACUUCACGCAGUGCCAGGCGCUGCACAGCCACUUCCUGGGCGGGACCAUGAUCAUCAUCAUCGGCGGGAUCAUCGUGGCGUCCGUCCUGGUCUUCAUCAUCAUCCUGAUGAUCCGCUACAAGGUGUACAACCACCAGGGGACGGCCCACGGCAAGGCCGCCAUUUCCCCCACCGUGCCCAGGCAGCAGAGCAACGGGCAGAACCAGGCGCUGACGAGAUCCGCUUCCAAAAUGGAGGAGGACGCGGUGGGGCCGUCGAGGGCCGUGUCGCCUAGCAACACCCUGAGAGACACGGUGGCAUUGGUUGUGGAGGAGGCCAGUGGGCGGAACCCCGCCACGCGGACCGACUCCUCGGCCAAUGAGGAGUUGUUGUCGCCCGGCAAGUCCCGCUACGGCUCCAGGGUCGCCAUCGAGAUGAAGAGCAGACGGCCAUCUGUUGCCAAAGAGCCCGCCUCCCCCAAGGAACUGGCAGGACCGUGAGGUUUCCUGAAAGCGGAGUGCGGACAUCGACAGCGCGGGCGCGACGUGGAAACGAACGAGGGAGAAGAAGGCGCCUUUUUUACUGUUUGUCUUCUUUUCUCCCCGCCGUCUUUUUGUCUCCCGCCUGGCUCCCCGCUCAUCGACUUAUCACGCUCUCCUCCUUCCUGGAUGGGAUUACUCGGCGACGGUGAUUGGCCGGCUCCAGCAGGAUCCAGCUGUCAGCGGAGUCAUCUUAAUCACUUUUAAUGGAACCCGUUUAACUCUCAUUAAAUCCUGCUUUUUUUAUUUUUUUUUCUCUCGGCCGAACACGGUCGAUUCCGCGGGCCGUGAUGGAUGCUUUCUGAUAGACAGGGAGAAACCAUACGGAUGUGCUCUGACGCAAAACGGUCAAAGGAACCGUGGACAAGGACGGGGAAGAACAUACUUGGAUCUACAAAUGCUCAGCACAGGUGGAUUCUGGGUAACAGCAACACUUAUUCACUCUAAACUGCAUAAUCACAAAGAACGGGUGGAUUCUAACUUGGACCCGGCACAAUUCGAACUUCAAGAGAUUUGACUCUAAAAGAUGAAGAAGGAUUUGAGACGGACAAUGGAUGUUUCCGAUUGGAUUAAACCCCGGCAGACCCCCCCUCUGAAGCAGAUGCAGAAUUCAUCCGUGUGUCUCAAGAUGAAAUAGAUCGGCACCCUACCCAAAAAAUUGGAGAAAAAAAGCAGGACAUCAAUUUUUGUCACGCAUUAGCGAUCAUAUUUUGACCCGUAGCCCCGCCUCCCCAGCCCUCAUCGUCACGACAACCAGUGUUAAUGUUAAGUAUUUUAUUGUGAAGGACAAAUGUGGAUAUUGUUUACUGCAUCGUUUGUGGUGGUCUCUGCUCACAUCAUGGUCAACAUUGGAGUGUGUGGACCUCACAUCCCAGCCGUGUUUGCGUUCUCCGUUAGAAAGGUGGUCCUCGAGUUACGACGCUGGCUAUUUUACCCCAUAAGUUAUUAAUAAUAAUUGCCAUAUUUUCUGGACUAUAAAGCGCACUCAUUAAACUCCAGGGUAUUUUUUUCUCUCCAUAUAUUAGCCGCACAGGACUAUAAGCCGCAGAUAUAUACGUUUUAAAAUGAGGUAUUCACAAAUAAAUAUUAUGUAAAUGUUUAUUUCCAUACCUUAAAUGUUUCCAAACGUUUUUUGUAAAAAGGCAGUAAAACGGCCGACCAAACAAAACAGAAGUCAUCGUCAUGGACUCACUAGUUGCGGAGGCUAGCUCUCCAAUCAUUGAUGGAUUUACUGAAGAAUUUGCAUA